GUCUCUUUCCAAACGACAUGGAACGCUUGCAGAUAUUUUCUUUUAUUCUGUGCAUGCCCUUGGCGCCUCUAGGGGAUUAAGUCUUCUUUUCGCAACCGAAUUUGCGCAGUCUAUGGAGUAAUUCUAGGUCAUGGAAACAUUCCAAGAGACCGCGCGCGUCGUCACCUCGAAGCCUGUUCAGAGGGCCGUUGUCAAUGUCGUAUUGCUCGUGUCCGGAGCAGUGACAUUGCUCUGCCUGGCAGCAGUUGCUUCUGUGCUCUUCUUCCAAAACUUUGUCCCGGACCAGUUUGUCACUACGCCGAUUCAUCUCCAAUAUGGGCUGAGCUCCAAUCCAUAUGGCGUUGCUGCGCUCACCGUUCCAAUGCUGAAAUCGCAGCAAGACUACGACAUCUCCGUGACCCUCUCCAUGCCGCGAUCUCUACCAAAUGUCGAGCGAGGGAACUUUAUGAUUAGCUUAUACCUGUUGGAUUCGAGAUACAGCGAUACAUUGGACGUGAGCGCACGCAAAUUCGCCAAUGACCGUUUGGAUUUUGAGCAGAGCAACGUAUUGUUCAGGUCACGGAGACCUGCUUUGAUCCCCUACGUUGAUCCUGUGGUGUCUUUGGGUUCGCGCAUUCUAUUCCUGCUCUAUCACUUGAUCUUCCCGUCAUCGCAGACCUGCGUAUUGAAUGUACCGGUGGCAGAACGCGUCACCUUCCCGACAGAUUCUGCUAUACCUUCGACGGCAUAUGUGGAGGUGGAGGCGGGGCAAGGAAUCCAGAUUUACAGCGCCUCCCUUACAAUGACUGCACAGCUUAGCGGUCUCCGAUGGCUCAUGUUCCAUUAUCGUCUCUUGACUUUUAUCACUUUUACGAUGCUGUUCUGGGUCUGCGAACUCGGGUUCAUGGUCGUUGCUUGGGCCAUCUUGAGUUCUCUGCUGGGGACUUCGUCAAGCAGCACGGAACUGAAGAGCCACAGAAAUCAGCGCCGGUCUACCACAGGAGGCUUGACUGACUCUGAUGGGUAUGAUGAGAACGACGAUGGAGAUGAUGCAUCUGACUAUCCGCAACAAUUUCCUACCUAUGGGAAACAACCUCCUUUGAAGCAUGAGCCCGACGUCAAGGAUGAAGAGGAACACAAGCAGCCUCUUCACGAGAUACCCAUUGCUGGGGAAGAGGCUGAUGAUGAGGAAGAAGAGGGCGAGCCUCGAGACUCGGGCAUUGGUACAAGCUAUAGCGGAGAGGGGAGUAGCAGUGUUCGGAAAAGGUCGAUACGGUCAGACCCAGAGAGGUAAGAAGUAUCGUGGGGUAGUAGAGUGAGCACUCAUUUCAUUGGCAUGGUAAUUUUGAAAGAUACCCCGGAAUAGCAGGCAAUGCGCUGUUAUCUAAGUAUCUGUGUAUUAUCAAUUUGUAGAACGACCAUUUGUGUGCUGAAGCUUUGUGCUAAUGGUGCUUGUACCGUGUCCAUGUCUAGGUACAUAACUCAGAUGACCCCGUCUUGUGACUGCUUUGUUCCUCUGUUGCAAUUUUCUUCGUUCCUCU